UGAAAGUGUAGCUGCUCAUAGAAGCUUCUCUCUCAAUCUCUCUCUACAUCUCAAGAUUUUGGAAACAAAAACCACAAGAAGAUGAAUUGUAGAAAAAGAAGAAGAAGAACACAAUGAGAGCUCAUCCCAUUUGCAACUUUUUAUCAACAUUGUUAGUACUAAUUGUUGUCACUACAUUUUUUACAGCAGCAGAGACCCAAAUUCAACAUCUCAUUGACAUUAAUCCCAAAACAAGAAGAAUUCUUCAUGAACCACUCUUUCCAUCUACAUCAUCAUCCCCACCUCCACCCCCACCAGAAAUAAAUUCUGAACCCAUUUUCCCUACCCCAGACCACCCCUUUUUCCCAGAAGUCCCAACUGUACAAACCCCAGAUCAAACACAACAAAUUCCACCAAUUCAACCAAAUGGGACACCAAUUUCAAGAACCAACCCAAUUGCCACUCAACCAACAAACCCAACCAAGAAACUUGCAAUUGCUGUGUCUGUUGGUAUUGUCACUCUUGGAAUGUUAUCUGCUUUGGGAUUCUACAUCUACAAACACAAAACUAAACACCCAGAUGAAACCCAAAAACUUGUUGCCAACCACAACACCAAUAGUUUUCACAGAGAAGAAGAAUCAAGAAUGCCACCUUCCAAUUUUCUUUACAUUGGUACUGUUGAACCAUCAUCCUCAGCCUCCCAAAACCAACUGAACCAGUAUAAUAAUGUUGCUAAUAAUACUUCCCCUUAUAGGAAAUUAAGCCCUGCUAAGAAAUCAGAUAGGUAUAGACCAAGUCCAGAACUACAACCACUUCCCCCAUUGAGAAAUCAUGACACAGUUUUCACUACUCCUACCAUAAUAAAUUCAUCUGAUGAUGAUGAAACCAAAAUUUACAAGCCAUAUAAUACUAGCAUAGUGACCAGAUCAAAUAAUUCGAUUCCUCAUUCAAAGAGAACAUCCCCUAGAUUGUCCCUUUCGGGUUCAUCCCCUGAUAUAAAACGCGCUAUAAUAGUACCGUCAGUUAAACAAACAUCAUCACCGUCUCCUCCGCCACCAUCACAAGAGGUUAUAUUGCAGCAUAAGAAGCCGACACUAACUUAUGUGCCACAAAGGGUGAAAUUCUCAGCACCACCUCCUCCACCAGAUAUGUCCAGGCUUAAAUCAAUAAGCAAUCAAUACCGACAAACAUCAAAAGCUCCACCUCCCCCUCCUCCUCCACCUCCUCCACCUCCGCCACCUCCACCUCAACCUCCACUAUCAACCUCCAGGAAACUUGGAGGCAGAGUUGGCUCAAGGACAACUAAUUCUGUUGAGCCGCCUCUGCUUGAACGAUCACAAACAAGUUCUCCUUCACUAUCUUCCCAUGUAAAGCCUCAGUCAAGUAGUUCCACUCCAAAAUCAUCACACGUUGUCAGUGAGAAGAGAAGUCAUUUGGAAGAACAAAAUGGAGGAUCCAUACAUGAUACCGACACCACGGAUGAAUCAAAGCCUAGGUUGAAGCCUUUACAUUGGGACAAAGUACGAGCUACUUCUGAAAGAGCCACAGUGUGGGAUCAAUUGAAAUCGAGCUCUUUCCAAUUGAAUGAAGACAUGAUGGAGUCACUCUUUGGAUGUAAUUCUGUAAAUUCAGUACCAAAUGAAGUCACUAAGAAAUCAGUCCGUCCUCCGGUUGAGAAGGAGAACAGAGUUCUUGACCCGAAAAAAUCACAGAACAUUGCCAUAAUGUUAAGAGCAUUGAAUGUCACAAAGGAUGAAGUCUCUGAAGCCCUUUUAGAUGGAAGUGCAGAAGGAUUGGGGCCUGAACUUCUCGAGAGCUUGGUCAAGAUGGCUCCAACAAAGGAAGAAGAGAUAAAACUAAGAGAUUACAAUGGGGACACUUCAAAAUUAGGGUCGGCAGAACGAUUCCUCAAGGCUAUUCUUGAUAUACCCUUUGCCUUCAAAAGAGUAGAAGCCAUGCUAUAUAGAGCAAAUUUUGAUGCUGAAGUAAAGGAUUUGAGGAAGUCUUUCCAGACACUUGAGGAAGCAAGUCAAGAACUGAAGAACAGUAGACUAUUCUUCAAACUCCUUGAAGCUGUUCUCAGAGCAGGAAACCGCAUGAAUGUUGGCACUAAUCGCGGUGAUGCAAGAGCUUUCAAACUCGAAACUCUUUUGAAAUUAAUAGAUAUAAAGGGAACAGAUGGAAAGACAACCUUGCUUCACUUUGUGGUCCAGGAGAUUAUCAGAUCAGAAGGGCUGGGUUCGGAUAGCAAGGACGAUAAUAACCUUCCUUCUAUAUCAAAUAUCAAAUUCAAAGAGGAAGAGUUCAAGAAGCAAGGAUUGCAAGUAGUUGCUGGAUUAAGCAGAGAACUUAGCAAUGUCAAAAAAGCAGCAGGAAUGGACUCGGAUGUCCUAAGCGGCUACGUAUCGAAGCUUGAGGCAGGACUUGUUAAAGUUAGGUCCGUUUUGCAGUACGAAAAAACAGGCAUGGAAGGGAACUUUUUUGAGUCAAUGAAAGUAUGUCUAAAGGAGGCGGAAGAUGGUAUAGUAAGGAUCAAAGCAGAAGAAAGAAAAGCUUUGUCGAUGGUCAAAGAGGUGACGGAAUAUUUUCAUGGCGAUGCUGCCAAAGAGGAAGCUCAUCCUCUCAGAAUAUUUCUGAUUGUAAGAGACUUCCUCUGCAUAUUGGAUAGCGUGUGCAAAGAUGUCGGGAUGAUGCAGGAUAGAACAAUGGUUGGUGCUGCCAGAUCAUUCAGAAUAGCUACAACUACAUCAUUACCAGUCUUAAACAGAUACAACGCGAGACAAGAUAGGAGUUGGGACGAUGAUAGCUCAUCACCUUGACAUUUAUAUGAUGAUGCUAGGAUCUCAAUGAUCGUUACAAUCCACAUUGCUCGGAUCCUCUAAAAAUGUAGCCACGCUUGUGUCAGCAAAUUUAGAGUAUCCGAGCAACACAGGCUACAAUUGUUACGAUGUAGCAGGACGACAGGAAAGUGGCAUCACAAGUUAGAUUAGCAUUGAAUUGUGCAGCUCAAUAACGACGAAAAAGUAAACGGAUUAUAAAGAAUAAGAGGCUGCAGCAUUCUGGGAUAUACUGUCAAAAGCAAAAUGAUCAAUUUAAGGUAAAGAGAUUAUUCCUUAAUUCUGUGUAGACCUAUAGAUAAGAAAGUUUUAUUCAUCAUUUGUAUACAUAGUCAAGAGACAUUGAGAUUUUGAUGUUAUCAUUUGGGCAACACAAAAUGACAUUAUUCAUUCCACUUUUGUCUUAUAAUUAAAGUUUCAUAUAGGAUACAGCUG